AGCUUUUGGUAGCGCCUCUCCCCCCCUCCUCCCCCCUAUCAGACGGACAAUUGCCGCCCUCUGGAGUACGACCUUGGCUUCCCCGUCACUUUUGGCACGACAAUGGGUGUUCGUAUGAAUCUGAAAGUGGGCUUCGGCGAGGAAUUCAACUUCGAUAACCAGGCCCUGCCUUACGCCUCUUCAUCCAGUGGCAGCUUUUCCUCGGAUUCAACCGCCAAUUCUCUCCCCGAGCCGUUCACGCCGACAUCCGGUCGAUCGACCCCUGGAUAUCGCUCACUAUCGAGGAACCACGAUUCCGUCUCAUACCCUCCUCCCGGAGGCUUUGAACUGACACCUCCGUCAUCAACUUUCAGCGGUAGCUACCCAUCAGAAAUGGACGGAGAGAUGCACCGAUACAUGGAUUUCAACAGUGCUUCACCCAGUCCGAGUCGAAAGUCCAGCAUGCAGACGCAGAACAUCGACUUUGACUACACCCCUAUGCUCCAUCCCUCAUUUGCCGGGGUGCCAGCACAUGAGAAUGCCCUCGGGCCGUCAAACAAUCAGUCUUUUGGGCAUUAUCCCUUUGGUGAUCAGAUAACCUCCCCGCCCUUCCCGGUCUCUGCGCCAGGCUACCCCUUUGACAUUACCGCCCGUGAUAUGUCGUCAAUGUGGGCAUGGUCCGGAGAGACUCCCGUACCCUUUUUUGGGCGAGAGAAUAUCUCAGCAUCCACCUCACCCGCUCAUCAACAUUUUUCUACCCGGGAGCGAGAAGACUUAACACCGACGCCUCCGUACCUUGCCAACCACGCCAGGAGACGACUUAACCUCAACAGGGUGCAACAAAGGACCUCCGCACUCCAAAAAGCUCAGCACAGGCAAGGAGUUCGGAUAGAACGGAUCGCCGCGGCUACCUUCAAAUGCAAUUAUCCCAACUGCCAGAAGGGGCCAUUUAAGAGACAAGAACAUCUGAAAAGGCACCAGAACACUAAACAUGCCGCAGACCCGGCAGCGAUCAUAACCUCAUGCCCAAUCUGCCGCAAGCCCUUCAACCGCAAGGACAACUAUCGUUCUCAUCUCAAGCUCCACACCAUUAAGAACCGUCCUACUCGCCGCACCGACUACCACCCGGAAGCUCAGGCGCUGUUAGGUGAAGAGAUGAACAAGACAAAACAGCGGAGUCAGCUGAAGAAGCGGGACGACGAUUUCAAGGACUAAUAAAAUGAAAGAAAAUCUUGUAUUAUCUCUCUCUACUUGUCACCAUGAAAUUUCCUAUGUUAGGUGGCGGCGUAUAUCUUGCCUACGGGCCGUCCUGAUAUUACGGAU